GGGCAACUGCGAACAACUGGAACAUCACUUAAUGGAAAAACAUCGUCAGCCGCGCGUUCCUCCAGUCAUCCAUCAUACACCAUCACUAUUGCACUGGACCUCACACGGUCGGUACCGCCACUACGAAACAUACGAGAGCACGUUGAUCCUCACUCGCUUCUCAACAUCGUAGCCAACAUGGUCGACGUCAUCGUUAAGCCGCAUCUUCUUACUAUACCCCGGGAGAUACGAAACCAUAUAUACACCUUCCUUCACCGAGAAAUGGAGCUGCGCGCUAUCAAAACCAUCGGCCACUCCGAAGUCUUCGUCCGCCUAUCAUUCACUCCCUAUCCCAGCGUCAACCUCGUACACUCACGCCUCAACGCCGAAUACACCGACACCGGUCCGCAUCGAGCUCUCUCUGCGAUAAUCUUCAACCGCACGUACGCCACCGACGACGAUUUCUGGUGCAUCCACCCCACCGUCGUAUCCAAAGACAACACCGCCCUCUCCCUCACAAGAUCUGCCACCCUCCGCUUUACCCCCGAUCCGCUGAUCCCGACCGCGACCCCAAUCGCUCUCCUUACCGCCCUCACCGCUCUCGCGCCCGCCCUGCAAACUAUCCGCAUCGCAGAAUGCGUCACAGUCCAGCAUUAUAUCAGCACACCUCUGACCCACCUCCCGCGGACACCAGACAAACUCGCCGCUAUGCCCCGUCGAAUCGCUGACCUACCACUCGUACAGCGCGUAAACUGCCGCCGCAUCACGACGUGUUCCGUCCAUCAGGUUAACCUGCCGCCGUACGAGGAACUUAUUGUUCAGCAGUGCAGGAUGCAUUUGUAUGGCGUGGGAUGUGCUAAAAGUGAUUUUUGGACGGCCUAUCAGGUUGUGUUUGGGAAGAUGCCAAGGGGGUUUCUGGAGUGGUCGGAUUCUUUGGGGCGGAAUAGUGGGGUCAAGACGAGACCGAAGAUGGACAGAGUGAUUGAGUGGAGGUCGGAGGAGAUGGAGAGUUAGUUGAGACAGUGCUUCAGUCUGGUAGCUUACAGUAGGCUGAACUACUGCACCCAAGCACCAAGUAUAUCUGACCAGCCACUUGACACUUCUGUAUGAUCUAAACCAUCUUCGUUGCAGCCGAUAGGCCGCAGAACUGCAUCUGAAUUACUCCAUUUGAGCGUAUACACCCUAAUAGGAAAAAGUGUUGGUAAGAGUGUCAAUCCCUCUUGCCG